ACCAUUUGUAGAGCUGUGCGCAUGCGCAGAGGUAACGCUGUUACGAAAAUUUUCAGGUCGUUUUUAUUUCGAGAUACAUUUCGCUUAUAUUUCACUAAAUCGCGCUGACACGGAAGGCCGAUGGCAGGAGAAGAGGAGGACAGUCGCAACAAGAGUUUUAAGCUGCUGGGGAUCCUGGAUGUGCAGAGGACGCCAUGUGCCAGAGACGCCAUCCUGCAUGGAGCCGGAGGCUCAGUGGCUGCUGGCCUGCUGCACUUUCUGGCUACCAGUCGGGUGAAGAGGUCUUUUGAUGUGGGAUUUGCUGGCUUCAUGCUCACAACUCUUGGGUCUUGGUUUUACUGCAGGAUGACCAAUGCGAAGGUCCGUGUGCAGCAGAGGUUGAUCCAGGACGGCAUCAAGAACAAGGUCGUGUAUGAAGGAACCGUGCUGGACCCCACUAACAAACCCAAAGCAGACGCUCCUUCAAGCCCCUCAUGACAUCCUGCUGACACCAACUCCUCUGAGAGGAUUUAGGGAACAAAGAGGACUCGUAUCGGGGUGGACUGACUGAACUGUCUUUAACUGUAUAAAUAAUUUAAGAGCUUGACAACCACAAUAUUAAAGGAGACAUAUUCUGCCUUUUCUGUUGAAAGUUGAUAACGUUUCUGCAGUUUGAAAGUGUUUGUGGCAUGUUUUGAUCUGAAUCCUACAGACAACAAUUUCUUUUUCAGUAAUGUUCAGCUUUGUUCAGUCUGCCUCUCCUCCCCGCGGUUUGCCCUGUUGUUGAUCUGCCCUACACCUUCAAGCUCCUCUGCAAAUGUAAACUCGCUUCCUUUGUUUUCUGCUUCCCCUCAUCUACGAAUCCGUCACACGCACUCGGUUUUGCUCCCUCUUUAAGGAACAGUGUGAACAUGAGCCGUGUAUUGAAGAGGCUCAGGUACAUGAGGCCCCGGCUUUCAGCGUCCUAACUCUUCUGUGAAUCAUCUGUAGGGAGAAAAGUGUUGCUCUCUCCCUCUGUGUUAUGUUUAAGAGAUCAUUUUAAUAAAUGUCGCCUAUAUGGGAAA